ACCGAGCGAGACGGCAACACCAGCCAUGACGUAACCGACCACAUAGUUCCUGUACUUGAUCCAUUCACUCUCUGUGCGAGACAGGGGCAGUCGCAUCGCGCAGCGACGACGGCGUCGCGCGUCCUCACAGUUUACAUCGAGUUAUUGUGUUGUUGUGCCAGACGGAACAAUGAGUACGACGGUGGAGAUACCGGAUGGUCCAAUCGGACUCCAUGUUAAAGUGCUGCAUUAUGUGAGGCUGGUUGCGGCGCUUGUAGCCAGGGUUUUGUUCAACUUGUUUUAUGGAAAAUCUGGCGAGAAGCUACCGCCCAUCACUGAGCCCAUACUGAGGGAGCCGGCAGUUGAAAUUGCUAGAAGAAUCCGAACGCAAGAGGUAUCGAGCGUAGAAGUGUUAGAAGCAUUCAUAAGGAGGAUAAAGGACGUGAACUCCGCAUUAAAUUGCUUCGUAGAAGACCGGUAUGAGCUGGCUCUGAAGGAAGCCAGGGAGGCUGACGACCUCGUCAAGAGUGGGAGCCUUUCUGUGCAGCAGUUGGAGAAAGAUAAGCCAUUUCUGGGAGUGCCUUUCACGACUAAAGACUGCAUCGCCGUAAAGGGAUUACACCACACGUCGGGGGUGGUUCUUCGUAAGGACGUCAUAGCGGACCAGGAUGCUGAGACCGUCAAACUACUCCGGGAGAAAGGAGCCAUCAUUAUGGGUCUCACGAAUGUCCCGGAACUUUGUAUGUGGUGGGAGACCCACAACCACAUCCACGGCCGGACCAACAACCCGUACAACACGACGCGGAUCGUGGGCGGGUCGUCGGGAGGCGAGGGCUGCAUCCAGGCGGCUGCCGGCAGCGCCUUCGGAGUCGGGUCGGAUAUAGGAGGAUCAAUAAGAAUGCCCAGUUACUUCAAUGGAAUAUUCGGCCACAAACCAUCCAAAUUCAUAGUUUCGAAUGCCGGCCAGUACCCCGAACCAACAUCUGAACUGCAUAGCUCAUUUCUUGGUAUCGGACCAAUGGUGAGACAUGCCGUGGACAUGAAGCCGCUCUUAAAGAUAAUGUCGGGAAGCAACAGCGACAAACUAAAGUUAGACGAGCCCGUGGACAUAAGCAAACUGAAAGUGUUCUACCAAAUCAACAACGACGCCCCCAUCACAGACCCGGUCGACCCGGAAAUCGCCGCCGCCAUGGAAAAGGUCGUCGAAUACCUCAAAGUGAAGCACAACAUAGUAGCCGAGAAACAGCGGAUCACACGGCUGAGGAAAUCCAAUCCGAUUUGGCUCACGCUAAUGAAGGAUGAGAAGAAGUCGUUCGCCCAGCGAAUCAUGGGGAAAGACGGUGUUUGCACGCUACUGCUUGAGAUGUUGAAAAACUUUAUUGGUUGUUCGGGGAACACGUUGAUCGGGAUAGUCACAGGGUUGGUGGACCGCGGGGGGGUAGCGGUCGGCAGCGAGAAGUACAAUCACUAUCUGAGGUGCCGCGAUGAGCUGAUCGACACCUUCCAGACGAUGCUGGGGGAAGACGGGGUGUUCCUGUACCCCACGCAUCCCACUCCCGCGCCCUACCACAACGAGCCCCUUGUCCGCCCUAUGAACUUCUGCUACACUUCCAUCAUCAACUGCAUGGGGCUGCCAGCGACUAAUAUCCCUCUAGGGUUGGGGUCAGAGGGUCUGCCAAUCGGCAUACAAGUGGUGGCCAAUUAUAAUAAUGAUAGAUUGUGCCUGGCGGUCGCUGAAGAGUUGGACAAAGCGUUCGGCGGCUGGGUGGAGCCGCAUAAAGCGUAAACAAUGCAUUUAUAAAGUACUAAUUUAGGAUUGUAUAUUUUUUGUAUUUUGCUAAAAGCUAUAUUUUGUAUUAUUCUGUAAUUUGUACAAUAAAAUGUGAAAGCUAUUUA